AUGGCUGCACAGACUUUAAUCACGUGGUUGAUAUUACUUAUGACGUUAUUAUCAGUGAUGUCAUUAGAAUUAAAUGGGACAAAUGUGUGUCAACGUACAGUGACUGUCACCAAAUCCCGCUUAAAAUACAUACAGAAGCCAUACGAACGCUGCACGCAAACGUGGUGUCCAAAUAUAUUACAGCUGUUUCGUUGUACACGCUGCUACACGUUAUACAAGAGUGAGUUGGUAUAUAAAGAUACUGACUCUGACAAAACGGAACUGUAUUGCUGUGCUGGGUAUGAGGAAAAGGACGGCCGAUGUCUACCCGACUGUCCUAAUGGUUGUCACAACGGGGCAUGUGUGUUUCCUAAUCUUUGUUUCUGCCACCCUGGCUGGAGUGGUGAAUCUUGUUCAUCACACUGUGGAAACGAAACAUGGGGUUUAAAUUGUCAGUACACCUGUAACUGUAAUGGUGUUGGUGAACCAAUCACAGGUGUGUGUCAGUGUAUGACAGGCUGGACAGGUGAGAAAUGCCAGACUCCGUGUACUCAAGGAACGUAUGGUGUACGAUGUCAACAGCUGUGUAAAUGUAAAAAUGGCGCGAAAUGUGAUACAGCCAAUGGCAUGUGUACGUGUAGACCAGGAUUUAAGGGACCACUGUGUGAGACGCGGUGUCGUCAGAGAGAAGAUUGUAAGACUGACUGUAAGUGUCAGAAUAACGGUAAAUGUGACGUUUGGGACGGACAUUGUGUCUGUACACACGGAUGGACGGGGGAUUACUGUACCGUUCCUUGUCCUUUCGGCUAUACAGGCGCUAACUGUUCCGAUGCAUGUACCUGUUAUAAUGGCGGAUUCUGUGAUCGGUUCACAGGUAACUGUUCCUGUGCACCAGGCUUCACAGGACAGAAAUGUGAAAUCGAGUGCAAACCGGGGAUAUUUGGAAGCGGAUGUCAAUCAAAGUGUGAAUGUCAAAAUGGCGGUUCUUGUGAACACGUGACCGGAAAGUGUACCUGCCCGGCUGGUUACCAUGGAGACAAUUGUGAAAAACGAGACUGCCCAGAUGGACUGUACGGUGAACGCUGUGAUGAGAUGUGUAACUGUAGCACAGAGCGCACAAAAAGUGACUGCCAUCCAAUCACAGGCACGUGUAUUUGUAAAUCUGGAUGGAACGGACACACGUGCGACGAGCCAUGUCCUGCGCCUACAUACGGGGAUUCUUGUUCCAUGUCAUGUGACUGUCUCAAUGGCGGUCUGUGCCAUCAUGUGACCGGCAAAUGUCAGUGUGCUCCAGGAUUCAUUGGUAAAAAGUGUGAAAACGAUUGCCCGGAGGGAUAUUAUGGAUUUGGAUGUACUCAGCCGUGCCUGUGUAAGAACGGAGCCACGUGUAUGGCAAGAAACGGUUACUGCCGAUGUGCUCCAGGUUACCAUGGCCUGACCUGUAGCGCCCUCUGCCCAGUAGGAUGGUAUGGACCAGAUUGUGCGUCUAAAUGCGAGUGCAAAAACAAAGCACUUUGUCACCCGAUUGAUGGGAAGUGUACCUGUCUCCCUGGAUACAUGGGGACAUUAUGUGAACAGAAAUGUCCGCCAUGGCAGUUUGGAUUUGGUUGUCGUCAAGACUGUUCAUGUGACGUCAUGAAUGCUAUAUCAUGUGACCACCAGACUGGAAUCUGUAUGUGUAAACCAGGAUAUAGUGGCGUAGACUGUCGAAGCACGUGCCCCGAGGGAAAGUGGGGAGGCUCUUGUUCGAAAACAUGUUUCUGUAAGAACAACGGCACGUGUGAUUCUAGGUCAGGUGACUGCCUGUGUAGAUCCGGUUUCCUUGGUGAUGACUGUGGCAGUAAAUGUCCCGCUGGUUACUAUGGAGACGGGUGCACAACGAAGUGUAGACAAUGCAGUAAAGGAUUAGUGUGUGAUCACAUCACCGGAAGGUGCUUUGCAAAAGAAUGUCCGGCCGGGUUUCAGGGUCCGGAAUGCCGUCAAGUUUGUGAGAAAGGAUAUUUUGGAAAGAGCUGCAAUACCACAUGCCCCCCAUGCAAAAAUGGCGCCCUUUGUGAUUACGUCAGAGGAAACUGUAUUUGUAUGCCCGGAUGGACUGGAGAUUUGUGUGAUCGACCUUGCAGUCCUGGUUUCUACGGGUACAAAUGUAAGUCGAGAUGUUCCUGUGAGAAUGGAGGAGAGUGCAGACGAACAGACGGAUCGUGUCAUUGUUUUCCUGGUUACACGGGCUUUACAUGCUCUCAGAGUUGUAGCGAGGGAUACUACGGCCAAGACUGUCAAACGUUAUGUAGCUGUGACAAAAAGGAUACCUGCCAUCCCGUUCAUGGAUGUAUUGCACCCGCGGCUGUAAAUACAAGAGUAGCUCCGCCGGAUGAAUCAAGCGUCAAUGGGACCGUUGUUGCUAUGUCAGUAGUCGCUGUCAUCUUAAUCAUCGUUGUGAUUUUACUGGUGUUGUACUUCCGAAAAAGAGUCAAGCGCCUCCAGGAAACCAAAAGUGACACACUUCAGUUUUAUUCAGCAAGGAAUCAAGGAAAUGGAAUAGCCGGUAUCAUCAACCCAGUAUAUGCAGCAAAUGGUGGUACCAACUCUCACAACGAAAACCUGAACAACAGACGCCGGGAACAGGAUAAUCAGAUGCAGCCCUCGGGUCCAGGACCUUGUAGUGCUGCUGCUUCCUGUUCCUCGCAUUUCCCAGAUGACGAUGAGGGCAGGUACACAGACUUUAAGGCACUAGAGGCACACACGUACAAGAACGCCUCAUUAGGGGCCAGCAAUACGUACGAAAAUGACGUCAAAACACAUUCCAAAGACAUGAUGUAUAAAAAUAAAAUUCAAGUUGACUUGGUUAACAAUCUUGAUAAAACUGAAGAGGCAGCCCCACCCCGAGAUUACGAUAACGUUUCACUGGACUCGAUAGAAAUGGAGAAAGCCCGGAACAAGAACUGGCCUCUAUAUUGCAUUGGCAUAUAUAGUUCAGGGAUGGGGAUCUCAACUUUUUCAAAGAUAUUAGUACCAUGA